CACUCUACCUCCACAUCUCUAUGGUGCAAACCCUGUUUGCUCUCAGAAAUUGGGAAUAAAUACCGGAGACCGCGUUCAUUUUAGUACUGAUGAUGUUUUGAGGCCGGGCAAACCACAUCUCCGAAACUGGAAAAGAGAGUCCUUUAAGCCGUGUCUACAGAUGAAGGCGGGGAAAGCCGAAGGGGUAGGAGGGCUUUGGUGGUUGCGGGGCAACGACAGCUUCCGGAGCGAAGGAAGGCGGCUUCCAAUCCGGGGUCCCUCGAGUGAGUGACGUCGGCAGCUCCCAAGAUGUAUGGCUGGCGGUUUCUCAGGUGCGGGUUGCGACUCGUUCCUGCAAACAUUGUUUCUCCCUACAUUGAUAGCAAGUGCAGUUUUAUGUGUUUUUCUGUUCAUACUACUGUGUAUUGUAAGGCUUUGGCUCCAACGAAGGAGAAAUAGGUCAAUCCCAACAGAGGAGGAAGAUGAGAAAAAGCCAAUUGUUGGAUUUUUUCAUCCAUAUUGCAAUGCUGGUGGUGGUGGAGAGAGAGUGUUAUGGUGUGCUCUAAGAGCACUACAGAAAAAGUAUCCAGAUGCCGUUUAUGUUGUCUAUACUGGUGAUAGUGAUGUCACAGCAGAGAAUAUCCUUGAAGGUGCUUACAGGCGGUUCAAUGUCAAAUUAAAUCAACCUGUGAAGUUUGUGUUUUUGAAAAAACGCUAUCUGGUGGAAGCUUCUCUUUAUCCAUAUUUCACUCUAUUGGGUCAGAGUUUAGGGUCUAUAUUACUUGGCUUGGAAGCUCUUCUGAAGUGUGUUCCUGAUAUUUACAUUGACUCCAUGGGUUAUGCCUUUACACUUCCUCUCUUUAAAUAUUUAGGAGGUUGUCAGGUAGGCUGUUAUGUUCACUACCCUACGAUCAGUACUGACAUGCUCUCUGUAGUGAAGAAUCAGAAUGCCAGAUUUAAUAAUGCAGCUAUCAUCACAAAAAAUCCCUUGUUAAGUAAACUGAAACUUGCGUAUUAUUACCUUUUUGCUUCCAUUUAUGGCUUAGUUGGUUCUUGCAGUGACAUUGUUAUGGUUAAUUCUUCAUGGACUCUCAAUCACAUUCUUUCCCUUUGGCGGUGUGGUGCCUGUACAAACAUUGUGUAUCCACCUUGUGAUGUUCAGACCUUCUUAGAUAUUUCUAUCUGUGAGGAGGAGAAGACUACAGAGGAAACUAUUGUUUCUGUAAGCCAAUUUAGGCCAGAGAAGGACCAUCCUUUGCAGAUCAGAGCCUUUGCUAAAUUUCUGGAAAAGACUGCAGGGCAGCAGGCACUGCCAAAACUAAUUCUAAUUGGAGGCUGCCGUAAUCACGAAGAUGACCAGCGUGUGAAUGGACUUAAAAAGCUCUGUCAAGAACUGGGUGUUGAGAGAAGGGUGGAGUUCAAAGUCAACAUUCCAUUUGAAGAACUAAAGAAGCACUUAACAGAUGCAACUAUUGGUCUUCACACCAUGUGGAAUGAACACUUUGGGAUUGGAAUUGUUGAAUGUAUGGCAGCUGGCACAAUUAUCCUUGCUCACAAUUCUGGGGGCCCCAAAUUAGACAUUGUGGUACCCUAUGAAGGAAAUAUUACUGGAUUUCUAGCAGAAAAUGAAGAAAGUUAUGCAGAAACCAUGGCUUAUAUCUUUUCACUAUCUUCUGCAAAAAGACUGAAGAUCAGACAAAAUGCUCGUCAGUCUGUGAGGAGAUUUUCUGAACAAGAAUUUGAUGAAGCAUUCCUAUUAUCUGUGGAAGAGUUAUUUAAAUAAAAUUCUGUAUAUAUCAAUCUGGACAUACUCGAAUCAUUAUGGUAAUACAUUUGUGCAUUUUGAUUUACUAUAUUGUGUUGUGCAAUAAAAACCUGAUCUGUUUGCUUUUACAUGAAA